AUGAACGCAGCAUUAUCAGAACGCGCACGAGCACUUCAAGAGCAAGUUGAGCAAAUCGACAAACAGUGUGAGAUGGCUAUUGGCAAUUGCCCCACAGAGCACCAAGUCACUAUAGAACGUAUGCACCAAGACAUUGCUCGGCUCACACAGCGCAAUGACCGCCUUCAGGCCCAACAUAUCCGCACAGUUGUGGCUUCGAAAGAACAACAAUGUGUUAAUCAAGCUGCUCAAGACCCGUUGGCCCAAGCGAUUCAAGCCGAGCGAGAAGCUCGAGAUCAGCUACGAUUAUCGAUUGAGCACCAUCGUGUAGCUUAA